AUCUGAAAGUGAUACAAAUAAAGCACAUUAAGUACAGUAGUGCCUAAUGUGCUUAUAUUCUCUUUUGUGAACACCGAUAUGGUAGUAGUACCGACGUAGUUGUGGUCUGACGAUCUCUUAGCAACCGAUCUCUAAAUAAAUGUGUUGAUUAUAUUAAAUUUCUCUUUAAACUAAAUAUAAAGCCAAAAUAAAAUAUAUGAAAUAUUAAUGAUAUGAUUUUUAAAUAUUAUUUUAGUUAAUAAUUGCUUUAUUGAUUUAAAAGUUAUGUAUUAUAGAAAAAGAGCAUGCAUACAUAAUUUGGAUUAUAUUCAAUAAAAAUAUUUAGUAAGUCUUAAUAAUUACUGUGCAUGUAUUAAAAUGCCUCUGUGUGAAGCGCCACGUCUAGAGCUCGGAAGUGCGCCACAAACUCCUAGUGUCGUACCGUCGCCGUCUUCAUCAGAAAUAUCCAGUGCAAGUUCGCCAGAGCCUCCGAAUGUUCGGACCACCUCUUUAUUUAGGGCACUUGCUAUGCCCCUACCGGAACCUGAACAGCCUCCAGGUCAGGAAGACCUGGAGCGACGUUUACCUGGUUACCGACGUAUCGUCAUACCCCGAGAACUAACGUUGAUAGAACUCUUAAAACAAUCCAGUGGUGUGAGUUCAGAUGAAGAAGUUCUCAGGAUUAGGGAGGCGAAGCUUCGCGUCAUAGCCGAAAGAGUUGGCCUGAGACGACUGCAUGUCCUAGCGCCCAGGUUGCGUUCGUUAAUUUUGGACGGCAGUGCACUUUCCUCUUUAAGAGAUCUUGGGAUCGGCCUGGUUCAUCUUAAGGUACUAAGCGUAAACCGUUGUGGUUUGACUAGCUUAGACGGAGUAUGGGGCUUGGGAGCUCUUCGUGAACUAAAUGCGGCCGGGAAUCGUCUACACGAUUUACAACCGUUGGGUGCAUUACAGAAACUUCACACUUUAAAUAUGGCUGAUAAUCCAAUAGUGGAUUCUACCCGUCUAUGGACUUUGGGUGUCUGUGGGUCACUUCGACGAUUAACCCUACAGGGAACUCCAGUAUCUGAAUGUCCACAAUAUCGUCCCAGAGUAGCCGCGGUGUUGCCGAUGCUAGUUUAUCUGGAUGAAAGGCCUUUACAUAGAGAUAUCGAAUACGAUUCAGAAGGAAUAUUUGGACCAGCGUCAUCAUCAUCUGACUCAGAAGAGAGUGACGCGAGUGGUGGAAAUGAUUUAUUGGAAACGUCACACCUGCCAAAUCGGACAUCAGACACUGCACCGAAAAAUUCUAAUAACCUUCAACCAGAAUCUAGUCCUGAGAAAGCGUCCAGUUCGGUAGAAUCGGACGCAGUACCUAAUCAUUUGCUGCGUCGAAGACCAGCUACCACUGAAGGAGCCGGUGCAAGAUCUCGGACAAUCCUCGAGAAUCGACCAAAAACAGCGACUGAUCGACCAAGUUUGGAUGCACCAACCAAACUAGAGAUACUCAACACUCUCAUGGAUAAAGAGUGGAGAUGCAGUGGCAGUAAAUUGACAUCUCACGGUGCGGUUUGCGGAAAUUUGGCGAGAUCUUUGCGGCGUUUAAGUGCGAAUUCCUCCAAAUCAUUUGAAAUCGAGAAGGAGAUAGUGGAAGAAACGAUGGAAGAAGCCAGUCGAGCUAUAGCCGCAGAGAUCCCACGGGCUCCCUGCUUAGAAGACUGGAUGAAAUUUAAAGAACAGACUGGAAUCGAAAUAGAUAUUGAUUUCAACGAGAGGCCGAGAGACGUAGAUCCUCUGAAAGCUAUAGAGCGUCUAGAACAAAUUGAAAGAGAAACAAUUCAAAGACUAGACAAUGAUCAAAACGGGAGAGAACUUAAUAAUGCUACAGAUUUUAAUUUACCGAAUGCAGCAGCUUCGUUUGCAAGCUGUACCAUGUCCCUUUUGGAAGAAUGCGAAUUAUGGCGGGCGGAAAGAGAGCCCGAACCAAAUAAUGUUCUCUCGUUUGAAGAAUUUUCUCCCAGAAAUAUGACGAGUCGUAACCACUAUGAGUCGGAAUUCGAAUAACUUUCUCGAAGUCGUGCCGCUCAAGAGAAAAUUAGCGGUACGGUAAAACUUGUGUACUCAACACGAAAAGUAUUGUUUGUUAUGUUUUACAAGAUUAUACAAUGAUAAAGUUUGUUAUUUAUAAAUAAAAUUUGGUAAUGC